CCUGAUAACAACCAGGGUGAUGCUGGAUUUGUGCAAGCGAUGACAUAACAUGCAGCUGGUCGGAGACCCUCGGGACACCCCUCGAUGACACCAUGAGCAGCAAAUACGUGCCGCUUCUGACACCAUUUUAUCUUCGAGAAUGCGAUUGGAAAUGCGGCUAGUCUGUGCUAUCCAGUGCUAUCCAAUUAUUGGGAUCCAUCGAGGUCAGGUGUCCGAUUUCUUUGUUCGCUCCGGUGAAGCGCCGGAUGUUUUGUUCCUCCGCCACGGAAAAUAACGGGUAUUUGGCAGCUCCCCACCACCCCUUUUUCUGCCCGCCUGCAAUAUGCGCUCCGGAUGGACCUUCGAUACCCGCCCAGAUCUAGCCCUUUUCUAGCCAGCCCGCCAGAUAUCCGGACUUCCUAUUGCGACCUCAUCUUAUCACGACAAUGUCAUUGGUUGGGCCACCUCUCUCACAAUAAUGGAAGUUAGGGGCCCGUCCCGCAGCGGGGAGGUUUCGAACCGGGCAUACCAGCGGACCUACAAGGCCUGUCUGUCCUGUCGCCAGCGAAAGGCGAAGUGCGAUCUGGGUACCGACUCCGAGGGCCUCCCGGUGGGCCCUCCAUGUGCCAAAUGCCGCAGGGAGCAGAGAGAGUGCGUGUUCAGUGAGAAGAGGGCCUGGGAGAGGAAAGGCAAGCGAGGUCCAUCUGAGGAUAUUGUGUCACCCUCAAGAGUACGCCGAAGGCUGUCGGGCACUCCUAGACGUAGCAGGGAUGUCCCGGACGACGUACUCCAGGUGGUUGACGACGGCCCAGUUCACGACGAUGACAGGCACGGGGACGACUUUGAAGGACCGCAGCAGCCAUACAUCCCCGAGGAACGCCGUGGUCGCCGUCACUCCACGUCCACACUGGCAAAUUCCAUGAUGCGCACUGUGGUCUCAUCCGGGAACGAUGCGCUGAACAUCCUCUUCGAGGCGGCCGCGGUUCAUAGCCAAGAGAAUAAGUCAAAUGGGUCUGGAGCUCAAACACGAAAUACGCAGACUUCUACUGCACAAGCUAGCGACGUGGACAACUCCGGAGAUCAAUCGCAUUUCAUGUAUGCUGCCGAGGCUCUAGCCAAGGCGAAGCGUCCAGUGAAGCUCUCGCUCGUCUCGAAAGAGGUACUCAGCGUUUGGGAAUCUUGUCGCUUCGUCAAGAUGGGAUGGUUUACUUCAAGAGAGGCGGUCACACUGAUUGAUAUGUUUUUCAAGAACAUGACACCGCUAUCUCCCAUCUUGACAAAUUUCUAUGCGGAUCAUAAUAAUCACCGCUGGCUUGUGACACGCGAACCUGUUCUCUGCUGUACGUUACUAAUGUUGUCAUCGCGGUACCAUGUCCUGCCCGGGGCCGGCGGCGAGUCUAGGAACUUCUUCAUUCAUCAUCGGCUGUGGCAGCAUUGCCAACAGCUGGUGGUGCGGCUGAUAUUUGGGCAAGAGAGAUCGUCCCAUACUCGGAUCAGGAGUAUCGGCACAAUUGAGGCCCUUUUGCUAAUGUCAGAAUGGCACCCUAGAUCUCUCCACUUUCCGCCCGAAAGCGACGGAUGGGACGCUGACAUAACGUUGGCCCCAGAGCCCCAAGAAUCGGAAGCCUCGUCGGCUGGUAGAUGGCUCGAGGAUAUGAUCGAGCCAGCUAAGAGAUCAGACCAGAUGUCCUGGAUGUUGCUCGGCUCUGCGUUGUCCCUAGCCCAUGAACUGGGCAUCUUUGAGCUGGACGACAAGAACUGUGACCACUCUUCCGUAUACGAAGGGCUCAUAUCCGAUGACCAGAUAAAGCUUCGCAGACAGCGGGUACAACGGCUGUUAUAUGUAUAUAUCAACCAGCUAGCCUGGCGAAUAGGCUGCGUAUCACUUAUGCCACAGAGCCUAAACCAUGCGAUUGCAGGUCGACAAACAAGUAGGGCUUUAAGUCAGCCGGGGGACGAGUGGCUAGCGUUUAUGGAUUCUUGGAUGGAUCUUACCAAACUGGCCAAGUCGGUUACUGACACGUUCUUUCCUACUGUAUCGUUUGCAAGGCAGCAAUUGCAUAGUGGAAGAUAUAUCGAUCUGUUGGACCAUUUCCGUACACUACUCAUCAGAUGGAAAGAAGAACAUCUCCGACCACAGGUGCUAAGCAGACACUUUUUCGAUAUUCUGUUCAUAGAAUACCACUUUGUCCGCGUCUAUACACACUCGGUUGGGAUGCAAGCGGUUGUGGAACGUGCCGUUGCAGACAGUGAUCCGAAUGUGGAGGAUGUCCGGGCCACGAGCAUUGACCCGAUUGACUAUGAAUAUAUCCAGGAAGUCAUUGACGGCUGUUGUCAGAUACUACAAAAGGUGGCCCAACUAGGUGAAAUCGGAGCCCUGCGAUUUUCUCCCGUCCGGAUAUUCCUUCGGGUCACCAGCUCUUCUAUAUUCUUGAUGAAAGCCCUCAGCUUGGGGACCCGACCCGCAAAGCUCUGUGAAUCGCUGGACAUCCUCGAUCGCUGCGUGCAGGCGCUUAAAUCUAAUGCACUUGAUGAUAUUCAUCUGAGUUCGCGUUAUGCUGCGUUGCUAGAAAUGCACGUGUCGCGCCUACGACGCAACUUAUUCGCCUCCUCCAGGUCGACGAAGCAUAGCUACAGACCCACUACGCAACAAUCCAUGGCACCUUCCCACAGCAUGGAUAACGACAAUGGUCCCAUGAUGGACGUCCCUGUCUCGCAGCACAUGGCAGAUGUGAGUUUCAUUCCAUCAUUAAGUGGUGUCGCCGCCGACGACUGGCUUUCCUUGCCAUUUGACCCGUCGAUGGCGCCGUUUGGAAUCAGUACGGGUGGACAAUUUCCGGCCUAUGAAGGGGGGGCACUGAACUUCAUUUGGAACCUGCCAUCAUAACAUUCCUGUUCUUGUAGAUAGCAACACCAGGGAGUGCCGGAUCACUUCAUGGGAUUAAAAUAGCCAUUUCAAAUGCAUAGGCCUCGGUCUGGUGAAAGCCAAAC